AACUAUAAAGUCAUCUUCCCCUUUGCCCAAAUUUCAUCAUCUUAUUGCAUUUCUCGAUCUUCUUAAUAGUAAAUCCCAUUCUCCAGCAACUCAAAAUUAAACUUACUGCAAAUUUUCUUUGAUUCAUCAAUGGAGACUCCAUCAUCAACAACAAGAAGAGUGACAAGAUCACAAGCCUUGGCUACUGCUAACAGUGCUAACAAGAUCCCUCUGUCAAAGAAAAUUGAAGAAUCUGAUAAGAAAGCAGUUACACAAUCAAGACAAAGAACUGGGAAACAAUCAGCAUUGAUUGACAUAACAAAUGAUUCCCCCAUUGUUGGCUUAGCUAUGGGAAAUUUGGAGACCCCAUCUUCUGAAAUGUCCAAGAAAAGGACUAAUGGUCAAGCCAAACACUGCACUACUCCUGGAUCUGGGGAAGCUUUGUUGAGGGGCCAAGUUAAGACCCUGUUGCAAAAAGUUGAAGAAGAAGCCGUGAUCUCGAAAAUUUCAUUGCAUAAUAGGCCUUUUCUUCAUCUCAAAGGCAUUGUCAAUUCUCCUAUGGGUCUUCUUGCCCCAACUCCGGCAAACACUCCUCUUAUGGAUCUCUCUAUCAAUGAGUUGCCUGUUGUUACCGCUUCCCCUGUCGAGGACAAGUUUGCCAUUUCUCAGAUAAUGAAUGAGAUGUUUGAGGGGGAAAAGCAGGGGGGUCUUGAAUCUGAGAAGAGUUAUAUAACAAGAUCUCUGCUACUUGAUUUUUCUGAAAAAUCUGAAGGGUCAGAAGAAUCAUCAGUGUGUUCCUCUGUGGUGACAUACCAAGGAGGUGAGGUUGAAAGUAAAGAGAAUGAUGACAAUUCAUCUUUGUGGUCGAUUCAAGUGAAUGCAAGUACUAAAGAUGAUGAAGAAGAUGAGGAAGAAGGAGGACUUGAAGAUGAUAACUAUGAUGAAAAUGAAGAGGAUGGAGAUUUAGUUGAUGAACUUUGUGAAGCAAUUAGCAAGAUUAACGUGAAUGCAAAAUUUGAGGGAAAGCACACUCGUUUUGUGUACAACAGUGAAGAUGAGAUUGAAGGAGUUGAAGAGGAGGAUUCUGCUGCAUCACCAGGUGUCUUGCAUUUGAAAGGAUUGCCCACUCCAAAAGGGAAGCAUCUUCGUUUCCCUGAGGAAAAUGAAUGAAGAGAUUGUUAGCUUUUUGUUGCUGUUUUUGGUUCUUGACAGACACCUGCUCUGAUUUGGACCAUAGAAAGUAUGCUGCCAUAUUGAAUUAAUUCAAUAUCAUCUCUUUUCAAUUAUCUUUAUUACAUACAUGCUUAUGUUAGAGUGAUUUAUCCAAGUCUAGAUAAAUUUGUUCAUGGAAUGCAUAGAUUAAGUUUUACAAGUACUUUUUGUGACCUUCCCAAGCUUUUGAUCUUUCAUAUUUCCUUUUCCUAUAUAUGACACGAUUCUAUGAUA